UUCUUAAGGGUUUUUAUUUUCAUUAGGGUAGAUUUUCUUUCCCAACUUGACUUUAUGGAAAUGUUUUGCAUAAAUUUUAUAUCCCGGAAAUGAAUGAACCUUACAAAUCUGGGCUUGGUUGGUUAUUUUGCUAAUUACCUAAUGCAGAUUAAAUUUUAAAGAGUCCGGAGGGACAGAAUGUGUUCGGGCAAGGGGAGGAGGGCCAGUUGAUAAACAUUUACCACAGUAUCCCUUUCCCCCUAAAAUAGAGGUUUUUAAAGAAGCAAUCCCACUCUAGCGACUGGGUGUGGGUCCACAAUUCACUUGAUAAUUAUUUCUUUUUUCUGAUAUUCAGGAAAAGGUCUCGAGGGAUAGUCUCGGCACAUUUGCUCCCACUUGAGCCCACGAAGGGCCCGAUCUACAUCGCUCGGCCUUCAAGGCCUGGCUCGUCACCUCCUCCAAGAAGCCCCGUCCUCUUCUGCCCCUCCAGGACCGCUCUUUGCCUUUUCCCGCUUUCCCAGGCGAGCUCUCUCCCCUCCGGCCCCACUCGCAUCACUGUCCACGAUGGGAGCAGAGGCUGAAUAAUAGGAACUGGGUAGGCUGGAAUCUGGACAAGUCCGGGGGGCAGACUCUGGAAGGGGACGAGCUCUGGAAUCCCCGGCCAGAAGCGCGCGCGCUUUCCUUGGGAAGCGUUAAAGGAAACGGAAACGGAAACACCCCAGUCCGCGCCCAGCCCCCCACCGGGACCCCCAAGGCUGAGGGAAGCCACUCGUGGAGCCCCGGGCCAGCCCCUACUCCCCCUUUCUGUUCCAAUUCACCUGGCAGAGGCCAGAACCAAGAGGAGAUCCACUGGGCAGAGUUACCGGCCCGGCCCACAGCCUACGUCCCCCCGCCCCCGCCAUGGUGGUCCAGUGCCGAGUGCUCUUCAUCUUCCUGGGCCUGCAGGUGGUGAUGAUGGUCUUGUAUCACCAAGGUUACCAUCACCAGGUCAGCCGGGUCCUGAAUAUCCUGAGCAGCAGCAUCCUCAGCCCCACGCCCGCCAACCUGAUAAUGAAAGAUGUCUACAGCGGCCUGGAGCAGAUCCAGGCCCUGAACCUCACGGAGGACGACUUGCCCAGCUGCCCCAAGAGCUCGCCUUUUCUCAGUGGCCCCCUGAAAGUGAGCUUCCCGCUGCAUCUAACGAUGGAUGAGAUUGCUCAGAAGAACCCGUGGGUCCAGAUGGGAGGCCACUAUCAGCCCCCCAACUGCUGGGCUCUUCACCACACAGCCGUCAUCAUCCCCUACCGGGCCAGAAGGAAGCACCUGUACCAGCUACUCUACCAUCUGCACCCUUUCUUGCAGCGACAGCAGAUCCACUACACCAUCUAUGUGGUGCAUCAGAUAGACAAUAAUACCUUUAACCGAGGGAAACUAUUGAAUGUGGGCUUCAAGGAGGCCAUGAAGGAGAAUAACUGGCAGUGUAUUUACUUCCAUGAUGUGGAUCUGAUUCCCGAGGAUGACCGCAAUGUUUAUGGAUGCAGUGUCCUUCCCAUGCACUCUGCAGUAGCCAUUGACAAGUUCCAGUAUAAGCUCCCUUACCAGACUUACUUUGGCGGGGUGACAGCGCUGCGACCCACCCACUAUCUGAAGAUCAACGGCUUCCCCAACAACUACUGGGGCUGGGGGGGCGAGGAUGAUGACAUUGCCUCCAGAAUUUUCCUGAAUAAGAUGUUCAUCACGCGGCCUCCUGCGGCCUUCGGCCGCUACCGGAUGCUGAAGCACGGCCAUGACAAAGGAAAUGAAGUCAACCCCAAAAGGUUUCACCUCCUCUCCAGCACCCACAUAAGAUGGCGUCGCAAUGGGAUAAAUACUCUUAACUACAAAUUACUGUCUAAGGAGCAGACCCAACUCUACACCAACUUCACGGUGAAUUUGGGCUCCAGUGACCAGUAACUGCUCUUCCCAUGGGGUCACUCUCCCCCUUUCGCCCCACCCAGGACUCUGGGUCUCCUGCAUUUUUUCCCAGUGCACCUCAUCUCCCCCAUUCAUCGGGUACCAACGCCAAGUGCUCAAGACAAAGACGUGAGAAGCAGAAUGGGAGGAAAUGUGGAGAGAGACCAUAGCUUUCUCCUCUCCCCAAUUUCUUAUUAUAGUUUGUUUUAUAUGAUG